GAGAGAGAGAGAGAUCACUGUGGAGAUAGAUUUCUGUUUAAUUUCGUGUCUUGUUUCUGUCAGCCAUGGUUUCCACCACCAAGAUCAAGUCCGUCGAUUUUUACAGGAAAAUCCCAAGAGAUUUGACUGAGGCAUCUCUCUCUGGUGCUGGAUUGUCCAUUGUUGCUGCCCUCGCUAUGAUCUUCUUGUUUGGAAUGGAGCUGAGUACUUAUUUGGCAGUUACCACUAACACAUCUGUUAUAGUCGACAAUAGCUCUGAUGGGGACUUCUUACGCAUUGAUUUCAACGUCAGCUUUCCUUCCCUCUCAUGUGAAUUUGCAUCGGUUGAUGUCAGAGACGUGUUGGGAACUAACAGGUUGAAUCUAACGAAAACGAUUAAGAAAGUUCCUAUUGAUCCGCAUUUAAGAGCCACUGGUGCAGAAGUCCACUCCACUUCUGGAUUAGAUCUCAUCAACCAUGGAGACGAAGAUCAUGGAAACAAUACUUAUGCUGCUAUACCAUUAACUGGUGCUACUAUUGACAAGUUUUCACAUCAUUUUCAAAUCUUGGUUGUUAAUUUCUUUGCGCCAUGGUGCUACUGGAGUAAUCGCUUGAAACCAUCAUGGGAGAAAGCAGCUGAAAUAACAAGAGAGAGAUAUAAUCCUGAAACUGAUGGGCGUGUUCUUCUAGGAAGUGUUGAUUGCACCGAAGAAGCUACUCUGUGCAAGAGGAACCAUAUACAAGGCUACCCAUCUAUCAGGAUUUUUCGCAAAGGAAGUGAUCUUAAGGAGGACCAUGGGCACCAUGAACAUGAAUCUUACUAUGGAGACAGGGACACAGAGAGCAUACUCAAGAUGGUGGAAGAACUGCUCAAACCUAUGAAAAAGGAGGAUCACAAGUUAGCUUUAGAAGGUAAAACUGAUAAUGUGGUUUCAAGUAUCAAGAAGGCACCAGUUAGUGGUGGUUGUAGAAUCGUAGGCUAUGUGCGUGCCAAGAAGAUUCCGGGUGAAAUCAUUAUCUCAGCUCAUUCAGGAGCUCAUUCGUUUGAUGCUUCUCAAAUGAACAUGUCUCAUUAUGUUUCCCAUCUCUCGUUUGGUAAAAUGAUUUCAGAAAGGUUGUUGACUGAUAUGAAACGAUUACUGCCUUAUCUUGGCCAAAGCCAUGACAGGCUUAAUAGUAAAUGGUUCAUAAAUGAAGGACAGUUUGCUGCUAAUGUUACCAUCGAACACUAUCUUCAAGUAGUCAAAACAGAAGUCGUUUCAAGAAGAUUCGGUCAAGAACACUCAGUGAUUGAGGAGUACGAGUAUACGGCUCAUAGCAAUGUGGCUCAUGGUUACUAUUAUCCCGUUGCAAAGUUUCACUUUGACCUCUCUCCUGUGCAGGUCUUAAUAAGCGAGAACCCAAAGUCAUUCUCACACUUCAUUACAAAUGUUUGCGCUAUAAUAGGUGGUGUUUUCACGGUCGCGGGGAUACUAGAUUCGAUAUUUCAAAACACAAUCAGACUGGUGAAGAAGGUGGAGCUCGGGAAGAACAUUUGA